AUGUCAAAAUAUUUUUCAAGUAUUAAAGAAUUACCUCCAGAUCCAUUAUUUGGGUUGAAAGCUAGAUACACGGCCGAUGACCGUUCAGAUAAAGUAGAUUUGGGAAUCGGUGCUUAUAGAGAUAAUAACGGGAAGCCAUGGAUAUUACCAGCGGUUAGAAAGGCAGAAGUGAAGUUGGUUAACUCGGAAGAAUACAACCACGAGUAUUUAUCGAUUUCGGGGUAUCAGCCAUUUUUGACCGAGAGUGCUAAAGUUAUUUUGGGAAACAACUCAGCUGCCAUCAAGGAAUCAAGAGUGACCAGUCAACAAUCGUUGUCUGGUACCGGGGCUUUGCACUUGGCUGGAGCCUUUUUGAAGGAAUUUUUCACCACUGAAUCGAAGAAAGCUCCAACGGUGUACUUAUCGAAUCCUACGUGGGCCAACCAUAACCAAAUUUUCACUAGUUUGGGUUUGCAGGUAGAGAAGUAUCCAUACUGGGACAAUGAUACCAAAUCAUUGAACUUGAAGGGGUUCUUGUCGACUAUUCAAGAAGCACCUAAGAACUCGAUUUUUGUGUUGCAUGCGUGUGCCCAUAAUCCUACUGGACUCGAUGCCACCAAGGAGCAAUGGGAGGAAAUUCUCGAAGCAUUGGCCAAGAAUGAACACUUAGCAUUAUACGACUCUGCCUACCAAGGGUUCGCUAGUGGUAACUUGGAUAACGAUGGGUUUGCUGUAAGAUUGGCUGUCGACUCGAAGAAGUUGAAAACCCCAAUUGUUAUCUGUCAAUCUUUUGCAAAGAAUUGUGGUAUGUACGGUGAAAGAGUUGGUGCAAUUCACGUCAUCCCAGCCGAGAAUGAUAAGUCGUUGAACAACGCUAUAAAGUCGCAAUUGAACAAGCUCACCAGGUCGGAAAUUUCUAAUCCCCCAGCGUACGGAGCCAAGGUUGUUGCAACCAUUUUGACCGACUCAGAAUUGAGACAGCAAUGGGAAGACGACUUGGUCACCAUGAGUUCGAGAAUCAACAAAAUGAGAACCAGGUUGAGAGAUUUGUUGACAAACCAAUACAGCACUCCUGGCAACUGGGAUCACAUUGUCUCCCAAUCAGGUAUGUUCUCGUUCACAGGAUUGACCCCAGAUAUGGUGUCCAGAUUGGAAAAGAACCACGGAAUCUACUUGGUUAGCUCCGGUAGAGCCUCCGUUGCUGGUUUGAAUGAUGGCAACGUCGAACAGGUCGCUAAGGCUAUCGACGAAGUUGUUCGUUUCUACUCCAAGUCCAAGUUAUAA